AUGAUGGGGGAUGAGCGCGAGCGCGAUGGAGGCCGUGGGUUGCGAACACAAGACCUGUUUGAUGUGCGUGGCAAAGUAGCGCUAGUCACGGGCGGAUCGCGUGGCAUUGGCGCAAUGAUCGCAGAAGCCCUCGCUGUCAACGGCGCAAAGGCAAGGCACAGCUCUGUGUAUGUGAGCUCGCGAAAAGCAGACGCUUGCACCAAGUUUGCCAAGUAUGUGAACGAGCGGUGCAGGCUACUUGCGGAACAAGACCAACAGGAGCGAGACGCCGCAUGCCAGUGCACACCAGCAACAACAACAGCAAGAACAACCCCUGCCAGCACAAGAACAGCAACAACAACAACAACAACAGUCACAGCAAGAAGAGCAACGGCGCGGGGAUCCUGUCACCCGCUGCCAGCAGACCUGUCCAGCUUCGAUGGCUGCGGUGCCCUGUUUGCUGCCUUUCAGAGGACGGGCGAGCCCCGGCUGCACAUCCUGGUGAACAACGCCGGCGCCACUUGGGGAGAAGCGCUGGAGACGCACCCGGAGUCUGCCUGGGACAAGCUGCUCAACUUGAAUGUGAAGGCGGCGUUUCGGCUUGUCCAGCUGUUCCUGCCGCUGCUCAAGGCCGCCGCAACGGAGGCGGCGCCCGCCUCCAUCAUCAACGUGGGCUCCAUCACAGGGAUUGGGGUCUCGCUGACAGACACAUACAGCUAUGCCGCAAGCAAGGCCGCCAUUCACCACAUGACGCGCGUGCUGGCAUCCAAGCUGGCCGAAGAUCACAUCUGCAUCAACGCAAUUGCCCCAGGGCCCUUUCCAUCCAAGAUGACCAAAGCCCUACUGGAACAGCUUGGGGACGAGGUGGUGAGUGCCGUACCCAUGCACCGCGUUGGCCGACCGGCAGAUAUGGCGGGCGUGACGUUGCUGCUCUGCUCCCGUGCUGGCGCGUACAUCACCGGUGCUGUCAUCCCCGUCGAUGGCGGCAUGCUGGUCAAGGCCAGUCUAUGA